AUGCCAGCAACUUAUAACUGGGACUCUUUUCGCGAUACUUUAGCUGAACUCUAUCUUAUUGAAGGACUUCCUUUAAAGCAAGUUAUGGAAAUUAUGACAGAGAAACAUGCUUUCUCACCAAGGUAUAAUUUAUUGAAUUCAGUAUUACUUAAGUAGUAUACUAAUUGAUAAAAGUAUGCGUGCAUACAGAGAUAGAUUUUCUCAAUGGGAGUUUACAAAGCGACAAGUAUCUCUCCAUAAGGAUCUUAUUCUAGUUGCAAAGGUGCGGGAGCUAUGGACUCAAAAUAUGAAUUCUGCAAAUAUAUUACGAUGCCUCUCUGUCCAUGGCUGGAAUCUAUCUGCUAUCCAGCUCAGAAAUCUUCAACUACAUACCUCUCUCCGGCUUCUUAUGGGUACUCCAAAUGGAGAAGAUAUGAAGUUUGAGGCAGCUGUUCGAGCAGAAAAUUUGGUCCGAGAUCAACUAAUAUCUGGACAAUCUAUAAGAUAUGGUCGAGAAUAUACCCUUAAUAAUAUUCGUUUAAGCGGUGUAUUCAUUUCACAGUAUGUUCUCUUUUUAUCCUAUUUAUUAAAUUUAUAGUGUUAUAAGUAUAAGUAUAUUAAUAUAAAAUGAAAUAGAAAGCAGGUUCGCGACGCAUUACAAAAGGUUGAUCCUGAAGGUGUUGCGGAUCGAAGAAAAGCUUUUGCCAUCUCCCGCCGAAGGAAAGAGUAUUUUGUAAAAGGACCAAAUAGAGUGGUAUCUAUUGACGGACAUGAUAAGCUUUCAAGAUUUGGAUUUGAGAUUUAUGGAGCAAUUGACACAUAUUCCCGCUAUAUUAUAUGGUGCUAUAUUGGAAUUUCAAAUCGGACUGCAGUAUCAGUCAAUAAACAAUAUCUUCGACUUAUCCGCAAUACCCUUCAUGUGCCUAAACUUAUUCGCUCUGAUAAAGGU